AGUUGACGUACUCAUGCCAUAUUUUGUGUGUAUCCUCUCAGGCAUUGGGUUCCUGUUGGCCGCGUUGAUCACCAGCCUAGCCAUGCUGCUGGCCAGCUUGUCGGCAGUGUCCGGACUGAGCACGGUGUCCAACCUGUGCUACCAGGCGCUGCCCUCCACCAAGGCAUCCAUUUAUGAGUUCCUCACUGGCCGGUACUCCACACCUCACAGCAGCCAGGUCACCUGGGACUGGACUGAGCCUCAGACCGUGGGCAAGGCCAUGACCUUUGGGGUCAGGUUCUUCCAGAAAAAUGGAAGUGCCUACCCAGUGUCUGAUGGUGAUGGUAUUUUGAUAGAGAUUGUCCAAGAGGGAGUUCUGGUGGCUCGAACUGUGGAGUUUUCUGGGGACAAGCCAGGAGAUGUCAACUUGGUGAGGUGCUCGUUUACUGUCCACAAGUCUGGGGAAUACAGGAUCUCUAUCAUGGUUGGAGGCAGGCACAUCAAGGACAGCCCCUUCAGCAAGUACUUUGAGGCUGGUCCGAUUGACCCAUCCAAGUCUGGGUUCAUGCACUACACGUCCACAGUUGUAUUUCCCUCAGGCAGUAGCUACCCACUGGUCAUUGAGACUCGGGACUCCUUUGGAAAUUUGUCUGCUUACAAGGCUGAUAAUAAGUCAUUUUUCAAGAUCAAAGUCAAAGAGGCUGGCAGCAAUGAGCGCUACACCCCGACCACACAGAUCAUCUACAACACACAGGACAAGAAACUGGUCAUGUACAUCAAGAUUGACAAGGAGGGUUGCUACCAGGCCAUCGUCUCCUACGGUGACAUCAAGCUGAGAAAUGGAGAGUUCGAUAUCUUGGUUUUGAAUGUUUUAGAGCUGAACAAGGUGCAGAAGAAUGUCAGCAAGCAGAAACACAACCUCUGGUAUGAGGCCAGGUUGUUAACGCAAAAUGGGGAAAAGCUGGACAAGCCAAAGAAAGUCUAUCUGUAUAUUUCCCCUAAGCAAAUGACAAUCAAGGAAUUUUAUUUCAAGAUUUAUCCUAAAAAAUUAUGCACCUUCCGAGUUUGUCCUUGGACUAAAUUUGUAUUUAACGGAGUCAGCAGCCAGUAUGAUGUACCUACAUUCAGUAUAGAAGACGGGAGUCAACCGUCAGUGGAACUAGCUGCCAGAGACCGUAACACCAUCGCUGCAACCUUCUCCUGCUUCCUGCUCAAAAGUAUCGGAGGUUCUGAGACUUUCAAUGACAAGCGAGAGUUUUUCUAUCGUGAAAUCCGAGCCACUCAUCACAAGCGAUCGCACUCCAGCUUCGUACUCAAAGUGGACAGGUCCAACUUGCUUCAGAGUUCAUACAAGGCCACUAAGAACCUGAAUUUGUGUGACUGGUGUAAACGUUUUGAGGUGAUCUUCUCCGGAGAGCAAGGUUUGGACUGGGGAGGAGUCAGCAGAGAAUGGUUUGAGGUUUUGUGCAAGGAGAUCUUUGACCCAAAUGGUUCAGAGUUGUUCACAAGACUUACAGAGGACCCACAGGGAUUGGUUCACCCAAAUCCCAAGAGGCCGCCUGACAAGAAGAUCAAGUUGUACGAGUUUGCUGGGAAAAUUGUAGGCAAGUGUUUGUUCGAAUCUUCCAUUGGCAGGACACAGCUGGUCAAGGCUAGUUUCUCAAGGUCAUUUCUGGCUCAGCUGAUAGGUCUCAGGGUCACAUACAAGCAUUUUGAAACAGAUGAUCCAGAAUUUUACAGCAGCAAAAUCUCCUACAUCGAGAACAACGAUGUGGACGACAUGGAGCUCACGUUUUCCGAGGAAGUUUACAACACACAAGGGCAGCUAGUCAAGGAAAUAGACCUGAUUGCCAAUGGCUCGAAGAUUGCAGUAACCAACAGCAACAAGCUGCGAUACCUGGACGCUCUAGCCCAGCAUCGUCUGGUGACCCCGGUCAAAGAGGAGGUUGAGAGCUUCCUGAGAGGAUUAAAUACCGAGUUGAUCCCAGAGAAUCUGCUGAGUAUAUUUGAUGAGUAUGAGCUGGAGCUCCUCAUGUGUGGAACCGGCACCUAUAGCAUCGCUGACUUCAAGCUCCACCAUAAUGUUGUGGGAGCAUCUUCCUCUUUCAACAGGGUCCUCGACUGGUUUUGGACAAUCAUUGCAAGCUUCAGUGAGGAACAAAUGGCCCGGUUACUCCAGUUCAUAACCGGCUGCUCACAACUUCCACCUGGUGGUUUUUCAGAGCUGAACCCUAAGAUUCAGCUGUCAUCUGCUCCUACAUACAACAACCUACCUUCUUCACACACCUGCUUCAACCAGCUGUGUCUGCCAGACUAUGACAGCAUGGAGACAUUCCACAAGAUGCUACUCAUUGCAAUCAUGGAGGGUAACCAGGGCUUUGGCAUGGCAUGA